UGGAAAUCCAGCAUGAUCCACGAAUAAUAACGACCGUCAUUCAACUCUUCACACGAUCCCUCUCUACGACUUACGCACCAACCUUGUCGAAACGCCCGUCGCUCGUUCGGCGCAUACACAUCUCUCCAUCGCAUCAUCGCAUCAUCCACCUCGGCUUAAAUCCAAUCCAGACGGGAACGCGCUUCAGCAAAAAUCAACCCUAAGAGGGCCAGGACGGCAUAACAGACCAACUGGAGAAGAGGAAGCAGCCCACUACGGCGGGGCACUAUUCCGCCGGUCCUCUGUCGUCACUGCAAGUACCACCGAGACAACCAAAUUAAAAAAAAGCCGUGGCACACAGAUACACCGCGCUCCAAAAUGUCCUCACCCAAGGGCGUCACCUUCGUCCUCUCGGUCGCAUUGGUUCCUCCGGCAUUGGUGGUUCUACGAUCAUUUCUCAACCCACGAUACCUCAUCGACACUCCCAAAACCUUGCUCGGGCUCUACCUGAUCAUCUAUCUCCUCGCCGUUCGCGGCAUCACCAUCCCAUAUUUCACCAGUCCUCUUCGCGCGCUUCCUCAACCAACUGGCAGCGGCGGUUUCCUCAGCGGAGAUGGCGGCGCCGAGUUUGUGCAGCCCCGAGGGAAGCGAUACCGGGAAUGGAUCGACUCCAUUCCGCAUUCCGGAUUGAUCUUCUUCCGCGGUUUCCUCCACGCCGUUCAGACUGUCGUGCUUGCUUCGCCUGAAGCUCUAUAUGACGUUCUCGUCACCAACAGCUACGACUUCGAAAAGCCGUCUCCAGGAAGAAAGUUGUUGUCGCGCACGAUUGGUGAAGGUUUGAUCAACACCGAGGGUCCCGAGCACAAGUUCCAACGCAAAGGUGUCACCCCGGCCUUUUCAGGAAAGCAUAUCCGUGAACUCGUACCGAUUUUCUGGGCCAAAUCGCAAGAGGUUUUCAACGCCAUUGCCGACGUCCACCUCACUACCCAGGUGCCUGUCGAUGGGUCAACCAAAUCGACUCGGACUGGUGUGGUGGAGAUCAACCAAUGGGCUUCACGCGUGACUCUGGAUAUCAUCGGUCUGGCCUGCGUCGGACGUGACUUUGGAUCCAUCCGCAAUAGCGAUGACGAGUUUGUCCAGCAAUACGAGAAGAUUCUGCGUACAGACAACAGCAUUCCCAUCUUCUAUGCCAUCGCGACCAUUAUAACGCCGCUAUGGCUCGGCCGUCUAACGCCCUUUUGGACACGCUUUCGAUUAGCAAGUGAUGGCCGAUAUCGACUUCGUGGUCUUUGCAAAAGACUCAUCGAGGUCAAGCGCCGGGACAUGCAAACCGAGAGCGCGAAGCACAUUGACAUCUUGUCCGUGUUGAUACGCAAUGGACAGUUCAAUGACGAACAGUUGGUAUCUCAAUUGUUGACAUUCUUAGCCGCUGGUCACGAAACCACUUCCGGCGCCCUCACCUGGACCUCUUGGCUGCUCGCAAUUCAUCCCGAAAUUCAAACCAAGCUCCGUGACGAGAUCCGCGCCUUCACCGAGACCGGUGCCCCCGUCGACGCCACCGCCCUCGACAACCUACCCUACCUCCACGCUGUCACCAGCGAGCAGCUCCGCCUUUGGCCCUCGGUCCCAAACACCGGCCGCUUGACCGUCCGCGACAGCACUAUCCUGGGCCAACGCAUCCCCAAGGGCACCAUGAUCGUCAUCUCACCGUGGGCCAUCAACCGUAGCACCAAACUCUGGGGUCCCGACGCCGAGAAAUACGUCCCCGAGCGCUGGCUCGGCAACGAGAAGGAACCCCAAUAUGGCGGCGCCAAGGGUGCUUUCAGCCUGAUCACUUUCCUCCACGGUCCGCGCGGCUGUAUCGGCCAAACCUUCUCAAGAUUGGAGCUCAAGUGUCUCGUCAUGGCGAUGGUGCAGAAAUUUGAAAUUUCGAUGGCGGAUCCGGAUGAAGUCAUUGUGCCGGGUGGAUUCAUCACGAUUAAACCCAAGGAUGGGAUGAGGUUAAGGUUGAAGGAGAUUGUCGCAUAGAAAAAUAUUCAGAAAGUAUUGGCUUAUUGAUUUACGCGAUUCGGGGGUUUUGAGAAGACUUUUACCCCAAUAUCUUGUUUCGUGCUUUCUUGGCAUGGUUAUUUGUUGACGAUCUUUCCUGAUACCCCUUUUUAUCCGGAUCGUGGGUCGCGCGAAAGUGACUCUCCCUAUGUACAUUGAAUUACCCAUUCACGAACAAAGCACUUGUUAAUAUUGGAUUGAU